GAAGUCUCGUGGAGCUGGCUGGAGAUGGUCGCUCAGAUGGGCCCAGAAACUAGGGCGCAGGUGGCCAGCGGGCCUGAUGGUUGCAGUGGCGGCCUCGUUCGGUGCGUGGUGUCCGCCCGCCCCAAAAGCUGCGACCACCAGCGCUGCUUCGCCUCCUGGCACCACAGGGGCGACGAACGCGGCGAACACCAGGACAACUACGACUUCGUGAUCUACCGCAAGGACUUCUCGGUUGUCCGCUUCCACCCCAAUUGGAAAUCCAAGGAUUUCGACUUGUGCGAGGCGGACCCGCGCGCAUCUGCCGUGCCUCCACCCAGGGAUGGUUGCGGCGGCAGUAAUUGCGCUUGCACGUGCAAGUACUGCAAGCACAUCGACAGGGCGGGGACUGGCAGGGUCGACAGAGAGCGCGGCGACGGGAUGCCUCCAGGCGACUUGGGCUACCAGUCGGGCCGCGACCA